AUGGCCGAGAUCGUCAAUACGGUCGUCAACAACUACGAUCUCGACAAAAAUCUGCUGAGAAUAACCUGCUCCUGUGGCGGCGAAGAAUUUGCGCCAGCUAAGUCGUUUCCUGAUAUCAAGGAGAAACUUCGAGAGGUUCUCCAUGCUGUUCUUUCGUCCUGCCCAGUUCCGCUACUCCCAUCAAUAGCAUUGGUCGAGCAAAUUGUGAAAACGUUUCUCGAAUCAGACGUUCGGCUUCCGUUUCCUUCACGAAGCAGUGGCGAUGACAUAUUUGGCUUCUACCCACUUCUUCGAGACUUCAAUUUCCACUUUCAUAACAUCAAAGAUAUCAUUCAAUCCGAUUUCCAAGGCUUGCAAGUGUCCUUCGCCAGCUUGAAUGCGGAACAUCUGCGUGAGCUCGAAGAGUUCCUUGGUCCAUUUCAAGAAACUUUCGAAUCUUUGGCUCAAGAACAACCGAAUUUUCACAAGGUGCUGCCAGAAUGGUAUGCGCUGAUGCAUGAAUGCCAUCCUUCUUCCGAGGAAACACUACCGUUACUACGUGAACUAAAACUGAAGGCUAGUGAGCUUCUAGUUCGAGAACAAACCUCAACAAUUACAGUGGAGCAUCGAAUCGCGGCAAUUCUGAAUCCACGGCAUAACAGAAAACUGAAUCUUAUUUGCACAGAUCAUGAGCGGUCCCAUGCGUGCGAAAGGAUACGUGCCCUCUGUGGAAUUCGAACCCAACGUGAACCGCUUAGUCGCGAUAGCUCUGUCGAAGGGGAACCGCAUCGAAAACGACGUCUUUUCUUGAAUUCUCUGGAAGAUGAUCCAAUUGGUGACGAUGAACUUGAGUGCUACCUCCGAUCGCAAUAUCCAGCGCAGCAAACAAAGGACGUGGUUUCAUUUUGGAGUACUGUCGGUCAGGCCCAGUUUCCAUCACUUGCCUCUUUAGCGCGAAGAAUUCUUUCUGUACCGGCGCUGGCACCAAAGACCACAUUCGAGGAACGACAUGCCAGUGUGCAACCUGAACAAUUACAUACGUUCCUCAUGCUGCGUUCGAUGUUCGACACGGAGAGGGAAGAGUAA